CUCUGGAUAGAUAGCGUGUAUUUGAUCCUGAUUAAAAGCCAACAAAAAUGUACAACGACGAUGAGGAGCCUCCUCCACCGAAGCCUGGGCCGGCGAGGCCGAUGCGGCAAGUGCAGCUCACCAAGCACCACAGCCCCGAGGCACCCCUGGCUCCCAAUGACCAGAAGGUGCUGCUCGAGCUCAAGGGCGUCUCCUCCGCCGCCUUCAGAGCACCCCUGGACCUUGUCACCGUCAUUGACGUCAGCGGCAGCAUGAAAGGGGAAAAGCUCGACAAUGCGAAGAAAGCUCUCCGCUUCAUCAUCUCGAAGCUCACCGAGCACGACCGCCUCAGCAUCGUCCAGUUCGACGACAAUGCCACCCGCCUCUGUGGGUGUGGGCUGCGCUCCGUCACUGAGGCCGCACGGGCCGACCUUGAGAACCUCGUCGGCAGCAUCCAGACCCCCAAGGGCUUAACCAACAUCAAGGACGGACUCCAGACCGGCCUCAGAGUCAUCACCGACCGCAAGUUCACAGCCGGCCGCGCCGCCAACAUCAUGCUAAUGUCCGACGGCGCCCAGUCCGAAAAAUACGGCGACGCCACGGUCUUCGAUGAUCCCGGCAACGUGCCCAUCCACACCUUCGGCUUCGGCGCAGGCCAUGAGCCCACCGUGCUGGAGGCGAUUGCACGUAAGAGCCUGGGCGGGGUGUACAUCUUCGAGCCCACCAACCUCUCCGAGACCUUCUCCAAGAUCCUGGCCGGCCUCGUCACCAUCAUCGCCCAGGACCUCGAGCUCACCGUCACGCCGAUCCAGGGCGAGGCCACCAUUAAGAAGGUGCACGCCGGGACCUACCCGGGCUCGGGCACCCCCAGCGACGGAUCCUCCCCCGUCACUGUCAGGUUCGGCACCCUCUACAGCGAAGAGGUGCGCAGGGUCACCAUCGAACUCGCGCUCAGCGACCGCACCGCCUUGCGCCCUUACCGCGCCAACGUCGCCGAGGUCCAUUACAGAUUCACCAUCCAGGGCCAGCAGGCCAUGUUCACCUCCAACCCCGAGCGGAUCAUCAUACACCGCAGAAAGAGUGCGCCCGACCCGGCCGACGCUCCGCCACAGGUGCAGACCCUCGUGGACGAGGUCCGGCGGCAGCAGGCGGACUCGAUCAAGGAGGCGAUGAAGGAGGCCGACGGCCACAACCUGAAAGAAGCGCAGAACAUACUGCAGUUGGCGCUGAACAAAUUGGUGGAAGUGAAGAAGAAACUGGUCGACCCGAUGUUGGACAUGCUCCAGAAGGAGCUGCGGAAGCUGUUGGAGCUCUUUGAAACGGAGAAGAUCUACAGAGAGGAGGGCCGCCCCUACGCCAUCUCCUCGGUCGUCUCCCAUGACCUCCAGCGCAUAGGCGGCGUCAAGGACGUCGGGCUCUACACCACGCGACGCAUGCGUACCUAUCUCAAGCAGGCCGUCGACGACAAACCGCCGCCGUCCGCCGACUACGACGUCCAGGAAGAGACGGAGCCGGAGCCGGGGGUGCUAGCUGGGGAGAAGAGGCCGCUAUCGGUGGCGCUUCGACUGCUAACGGCGGUGCUCAGCCUGCUGGCCUUCUCCAUCAUGGCUAGCGCAAGGACGUCUGGGUGGGCCGGCGACCACUACGGCCGCUACGAGCCGUACAGGUACGCCGUCGUAGUGAAUGUGGUCGUCUGCUUCUACUCGGUCGCACAAGCAUUCAUCGAGACCCGCCGUCUGCUUUUGCCGAGGUUGCGGAGCACCUCAUGCUACUGCGUCACCCUCUUCCUCGACCAGGUGUUGGCGUAUCUCCUCAUAUCGGCAUCGUCGGCGGCCGCAUCUCAGAACCGUCUUUGGGUGUCGAGGUUCGGCAAGGAUCGGUUCGACGACAAGAUAAACGUCGCGGUGUGGUUUUCAUUCCUUGCGUUCCUUGCGCUGUCCGGCGACGCCCUCAUCUCUAUGGCUAAUCUCUUCAGCAGGAUCUGA